AGAAAAGGCUGACGGCGUGACGCCACAAUGGCAUAUUCACACAUCUCAAGUACAUCAGUGAAUAUAUACUGGGUCUACCAUGGCUUUCAAUCAUUUUCGAUCAGAAUAAAGAGAUAUUCGUGGGUGGUUGAUGUGUCUCCUCCAUAUACAUUCUGCGACCGUGGUCGACAAGCCAGACAUAGCAUAUAGCUCUCAUUUUCCAACAUACUCUGGGGUCCCCUCACCGUCUACACUUGCGUCCAAGGAAAAGCGUUCAUCUCAUGCGGACUAGGAUACGUCCGACCGUCCCUCAAAGUAUACUAGACUCCGCUGUGAGAUCAGCAGAAUGGGAUCCGCAAAGUAACCAUACCCAUACGAAAAUAUGUCAGACACGACGCUAAUAGACUGCGCCAGGAUAUGCUUUGACUUCGCCCGAACUGGGUCCUGCAAGUUCAAGAAUUGUCGAUAUUCCCACGAGGCCGGCCCGUCAAAGCCUGCAGCCAAAGGAAACAACUCGAGAUCGAGCGCGCGAAGGCAGCAACCAAGUCAUAGAACCAACGACAUCAACGGCCUUGCCGCCUGGAAACGAAAAGCCCCUAAGAGCCGACUAGCUAUCCCGCCUCUGGGUGCAGAACUGGGCCAGUUCUUCGCAACGGCCAGAAGGCUGAUCGAAGUGGACGACGACAGUACGGCUCAAGAAGUGAUCCAAUGCCUCUCCCACGAGGGGGGUCUGCAACGAAUCCAGGAACUCAUUCAGCGUGACUAUUGUCUGAUGCCAAAUGUCACCAAACGAGAUGUAUUUCAAAAGCAGUUCCUCCCCUUUCUCGAGAGUAUCACUCACCACAAAGUUCUCGCGUCAUUAGUGAUGGAGGAGUUUGUGGUGAAAAUCUACAACUGCAUCUACGGACCAGCCGGGCAUCGUGCAGAGCCAUUUCUGAAUUUUCUGGCCGAUGUUGUACAGCUGGACGUUGAACUUCACUCAGAUGCAACCUCGACUUACCUAGAACUAGCGCUUCUGGUGUUCUGUAAGAUUAUCGAGCUGAACUCGACUGCGUUCAUCCAGGAGUCGUUGAAGCCAGUAGCGAGGCGCCUUUACGACCUCUUCAUGAUCCUUCACGCCUUGGAGGCUGCUGGGUCACUAGACCGACCGCGGCAUCACCUGGAAGUAUUACAACGCCAGCUGGAGAUUGGAUCCGCCCUACCCCCUUUGCUGGGCAACUCAAUACCUCGACAAGCCCAUAAAUCUCCUGUAGCCUUUGUCACUCUGAAAGACCCGCCUGGUGGUCGCCACGACAACGAUCAUGCGGACAUUUGCAGAAUCAAAAUCAUGCCUACUUUUCAGGAAAUAAUGAGUCCGCGUUCAGAAUAUCUCCCCGGAAAAGACCCGCAACAGUGGCAUAUCGGCGGUCUCGGCGGGCUCUUGGACCGAAAUUUUCGGCUCCUGAGGGAAGACACCAUCGGUCAGCUUCGAGACGUUAUUCAUGCUGAACUGAGGCCCAGCCGUUUAAGAGAUGUGCAGAAGAGUCAAGUUAGGACCAAUGUCUAUCAGGACGUCCAGGUACGGGGGCUGGAUUUCGAUCGUUUGACGGGAUUUCAGUUUGUUGUCCAGUUUGCACAGCCGUUGAAUGUCAGGUCCAUGUCGGAGGCUCACCGUAGAGAAUGGUGGGAGCUAUCAAAAAGACUACAAUCCAGUGCCCUCGUUUGCCUCACGGAUCUCCGAGGAUUCGCCAUCUUUUGCACCGUCGCCGGGCCAGAGCGUCCCAGAAUGGAUGUGAGGCAAAAACCGCGGCAGAGGAAGGUCUCCUCGCUGUUUAAGGAGGCGAGAGGUGCAUCUGUGACCAUGGAGUUGGUGGAACCGACUGAGGAGAAUCGGCAGUAUAUCCUAGAUUGUUACCGACCGCGCAACGGCGGACGCGCACUCUCGUUGAUCGAGUUUCCUGGGAUUCUAUUGCCAUCGUUCCAACCAACCUUAAAGGCACUUCAGUCAAUGAAGAAAGCUGCAGACCUUCCGAUGUCCGAAUUCCUCGCCCCAGACGAGAUGCUUACCGGCCUAGUAGACAUGCCACCUCCCAAGUAUGCGGCGGUGCCAGGGUUUAGUUUCAACCUAUGUUGUCUCAUGGACGACCGGUCGGACCUCCUAGUGAGCCCGUCGCAACCCCUUGACAUGGAGAAGCUCCAAAAGAAGUCUACCCUUGAUGAUGCACAAGCACAGGCUCUUGUCCAUACCCUUCAGCGAAAGAUAGGACUGAUCCAAGGCCCACCAGGAACGGGCAAAAGCUAUACUGGUGUCGCUCUGAUCAAUGUCCUGCUCGCUAACAAGGCGAAAGUAAAGCCACAACUUGGCCCUAUCAUAUGUGUCUGCUACACGAAUCACGCUCUCGAUCAGCUUCUAGAAGACCUACUGGACAAUGAAAUCACGACCCAAAUCAUCCGUAUCGGCUCGCAGUCCAAGUCAGAAAAACUACAGCCACUCAAUCUCAGAACCGUAGUUCGACAGAUUGACAAAACAAGGCUGGAAAAGGAAGAACAGUGGAAACUGCAAGUGAACUUCGAUGAUUACGAAAACAGUUUCGAUGCACUUAAACUGGAUGCAAUAGGCACCGAUCGAAGCUUGGAGUUCCAUCUGAAGCGAAACCAUCCUCGCCAAUUUAGUCAACUGUUCGGCAAGGACGAGCAUGAUUUUCAGAAGGCUUCUGGUCGACGCCGUCAACAUCUUCUACAGACGUGGCUUAGAUCUGGUCCAGCAACUAAGGGCCAGCCGCGUGCGGUGGACGUCCUUCAUCAGGUCCAUUUGGACAACAUGACCUCUAAGGAACGCAGAAUAUUACACAACCAUUGGAUCAGAGAGAGUAGACAAGAUCUUCAUACUCAAGCUCACUCAAUCUUGGCGUCGCACCAGGAAAACAAAGCGUCCUAUGAUAGGAUCCGAGACGAACUAGAUCUGCGAUGCCUGCGUAAUGCCGAUGUAAUAGGAGUAACGACGACUGGCUUAGCCCGCAAUCUGAACAUGCUGCGCAGACUGCAAUCAAAAGUGAUCAUUUGCGAGGAGGCGGGCGAGGUCCUAGAAGCUCAUCUCCUCUCUUCACUUUUACCAUCGGCCGAGCAGGUCAUCCUGAUCGGAGAUCAUCAGCAGCUUCGGCCUCAGAUCCAGAACUACGGGCUUUCUCGAGAGAGCAGAACAGGACAACAAUACUCCUUGGAUCGCUCCCUGUUCGAACGCCUUGUUGAACCGGAUGAUGACGUUGGCAUAAGGCUCCCAUUUUCUACACUGGAAACACAACGACGAAUGCAUCCCUCAAUCGCACAACUGGAUGCACCUUCAGUUAGUCAGCUUUUCUGGCUUGACCAUCGCCGGCCUGAAGGCAACCCUUCGAUCCAGGAUGCCAUGGCAACAUCUCACUGGAAUGAUCACGAAAUUGAAAUGACAUCGACCUUGGUAAACCAUCUGCUCCGCCAAGGAACAUACCAAGCAGGUGACAUAGCUGUUCUGACUCCAUAUCUUGGCCAACUUCACCGAAUGAGGCGUAAACUAAGCCAAGCAUUCACAAUCACCCUUGGAGAAAGAGACCAGGACGACCUUGACAAGGCAGGCUUCACAGAAGAUGAAAGACCGACGCCGCCGAGCGCAGUGUCUAGAUCUACCCUCCUACAGGCACUGAGAGUCGCGACUAUUGACAACUUCCAGGGUGAGGAGGCAAAGGUGGUGGUGAUCUCUCUGGUGAGAAGCAACGGUCAAAAUCGAUGUGGCUUCCUCCGCACACCAAACCGCAUCAAUGUUUUGCUUUCGCGCGCACAGCAUGGAAUGGGUGUAAACAUGUGGCAUAAGGUUCUUAGCAUCUUGGAAGAACAUGAUAACUUUGGCACAGGCUUAGAGCUCAAAUGCCCCCGCCACCCUUCUACUCCUAUCACUGUAUCACAGCCGGACGACUUCGUGCAAUUUUCGCCUGAAGGAGGUUGCAGUCUGCGAUGCGGCAAGCGUUUACAGUGUGAGAUACUCCACCAGACGAAAGGAUGUUCCCACCCUUGUCCCAAAGUUUGUGGCGACGCGUGUCCGAAGAGAUGCGGCAUCAUGGUAUUUGAUGCAGACCGGGUCCUCCCUUGUGCACAAGAUCUCAGUCUCGUUAAAUGUCCAAUAUUUGUCAAAAAGCACGUCCCUUACUGCAACCAUGAAAUAACAAUCGCCUGUCACAUCGAUGUGAGCAAGCCCGAGUACAAAUGCACGCGCCAAUGUCAUGCUGCUUUACCCUGCGGCCAUAACUGUAAGCGUCAAUGCAGUCAAUGUAUGAUUCAGACAAACGAGAAAAUCAAGGCAGAUCAUGGGCCAUGCAAGCAAAGGUGUGACCGUCUCUAUUCCACAUGUGCCCAUACCUGCGCAGGAGAAUGCCACGGGGGGGAUCCGUGUCCGCCAUGCACAGCGCCCUGUGAUGUCCAGUGUGGUCACUCCAGAUGUUCUCAAAAAUGUUCCGAGCCAUGUGCCCCUUGUGCAGUAUCAAAAUGCCUGUCUGCGUGUCCACAUAGCGCGUAUUCCAUGCCUUGCGCCGCUCCGUGUGAUUACAUUCCAUGCUCUCGACGAUGCGAGAAAGUUCUACCAUGCGGCCACCAAUGCCCAUCUUUAUGUGGUGAACCUUGUCCAGCGGAAAAAUUCUGUCAAACAUGUGCGACCGACGCCAUUAAGGAUAUAUCUGUGGACUUCAUCUUGGGUCAGACGUACAAAGAGAUUGACCUAGACGAAAAUCCUUGCAUAUUUCCCCCAUGUGGACAUUUUCUAACUGUGGAAAACAUGGACGCUCAAAUGGACCUUGGGAAACACUAUGUGGUUGAUGAAAUGGGAAAGCCGAUCUCCAUCUCCAAAUCAUCCGAGCCGUUCUCCAUCUCGGACGUUCGGAACUGUGCCACCUGUCGAGGUUCGUUAAGAAGUAUAUCCCGAUAUGGGAGGCUGGUGAGGCGUGCCUUGCUGGACGAAGCGACGAAGAAAUUCAUUCUGUACGUAAAUCAGCAGUACGUACAGAUGACUCAGAAACUUGCCCAAUUUAUAGCUCAGCUGCCAGAGCACGAAGGGACGGCGGUAGCAAAAGCAUUCCAAAAUGAACUUGCUCUCAAGGUUCAAGGGCCACCUGACCACCAAAUCCAAUUGAUGCACCAGCAGCUCAGGAAGUAUGAUACGACAAGGUGGAAAGAUUUAAUCCUCCUGCGGCAUCAAAUUACAGAAUACUACAACAAAGUCAAGGUGGAGGAGCAGCCAUUCAACCAAGUACGCAACAUGGUGGAAGAUGCCCGUCGUCGCAAACGAAAAACCGGGCAAUUUGAAUUCGACGAGAGUGUGCUUCAGACGAAAGGAUGCGUUCAAGCAGCUUCUCUGUUGCUUCGCCUCGACACGGCAUUGAUUGGGGACUUCCUCUCUUUGUAUAAACAAACCCCUAGCAAGUCCAACAAAUGUGUUCUACAGCUUGACCUCCAGGCAAACCGAAAGGAAGGUGAAAGGCUGACAGCCAUGGCUGUCAACUCACAGCGCGUAUUGCACCAGGUCGAGGGCUAUCUUUUCCGCGCUCAGCUGUGUGCCCUAGAGCGCCAGAGCAGCGGUCAGCCAACUCGGGCAGAAGACCUUCUAGAAGAGGGUAAUGAGUGCAUUGAACGAGCCCAAAAGCUGUGUACGGCGCACCCUGGGCAGGUGCGUGGACUUGCUGACGAAAUUGAGGGCACUUCGAAGAUGCUCCGCGGCGGUACGUUUUACACACCCGUGACCAGUGAAGAAAGAAUGGCUGUUGUCGCUGCUAUGGCGCGGGAAUUUAGAGGAACCGGACAUUGGUAUCGUUGCGAGAAUAACCAUCCUUUCACUAUCGGAGACUGCGGUGGUGCUAUGGAAAUCUCCACCUGUCCCGAAUGUGGUGCACGUGUAGGUGGUCAACACCAUCGGACCCUAGCUGGAGUGACCCGUGCCGAUGAAUUGGAAGUGAACUUGGCCCGGUUAAUGAUUUGA